UUUGAGUUUAGGAUAAGCCGCCCUGGACACCCGCCAAUGAUUUGACAAACAAGAAUGCCAUGAGGACAGCUGGGUCAGACUGUAAGCAGAUAGCUGGGAGUGACUCUGGGGUCUCAUGACAAAGAUGUGGCCACCAGAUGCACUACAACACCUUCAUGCAGUGUGUGGAGGUGCACUGCCUUGCAGGGAUAUCUGCCCAGACUCCUGAGACAUGACACAUAUAUCUAUGAGGUGCUGCCAAACAGACAGACAGCUGUAACACUCCCUCCCUCACUACUCGAAUUAGUGGCGGAUCAAUGUUUACUGCCGUUUGCUGGAAGAAAAAGUGUUUCUUGUUACAAAGAUGGAGUUCGCCCUUACAGAAGUCCCCACCUUGCUGCCCAAUCGAUCCAUGGAGAGCUGUCCACCUGUGGAUAAUACAGUGGAGAAUAUGAUCUUUGGAUUCUACUACAUCAUCGUUUUCCUUCUUGCGCUGAACGGCAAUAGCCUUGCCCUGUGGAUCUUCGCCCGCCAGAGAGCCAACUCCUCUCCAGCCAAUGUCUUCCUGCUCCAUCUCGCUGUGGCUGACCUCUUUUACAUCUUCGUUUUACCUCUCAGGGCCACUUAUCAUUUAACGGGGGGACAUUGGCCGUUUGGUGAAAUCCCCUGCCGUCUCGCAGGCUUCUUCUUUUACGUCAACAUGUAUGCCAGUUUGUACUUCCUGGCCUGUGUUGCAGGCGAUAGAUACCUUGCAGUGGUACACGCCGUACGCUCCCUCAAGGUCAGGCGCCCUCGCUACGCUCACAUUGCCAGUUUUGUGCUUUGGGCUUUAGUGAUAGUGUCUAUGGCGCCCCUACUGGUCACCAAGCAGACCGCAGAAGUCAAUGGCUCUACCGUAUGCUUGCAGCUGUACAGAGAAAAGGCCUCACACCGUGCUCUCGUCUCCCUCGUCGUAGCCUUCAUGCCGCCUUUCAUUGCCACCCUUUCUUGCUACCUGCUGAUCGUGAACAGUCUGCGAAAAGGUUCGAGGCUGGAGCCGGCAUUGAAACUCCGAGCUCUACGCACCAUCGGUCUGGUCAUGCUCAUCUACAUAGUGUGCUUUCUGCCCUAUCACUUAAGCCGUGCAACCUUUAUCUUGGGUCAUGGACACCCAGACCUAUCCUGCCAAAUCAAAAGAGCGCUAGCCCUUGCUAACCGUCUUACUUCCUCGCUAACCUGCCUGAACGGGGCUUUGGAUCCACUGGUGUACCUGUUUGCUGCUGAGAAGUUCAGGGGGAGCGUUCGCAGGCUUUUCUGCAGAGACAAGUCAGGGGGGUCCGGCGCUACAAGUGGGGACCUGAAAGGGACACAUGAGAGCUCUGUGAGUGCAAAGACUGAGUUCUGAGCGAGCCAAAUUAAUAUUUUUUUCAUCGGUUUAAGUGAUUCUGCCCACACUUCCUGAGUAUGGUCAAUUAAAGAUCAGGAACUUGCAAACAGCCUCUUGCAUCACCAAGCAUGUGAUUUGGACAUGUUAAAGUGAAAGUAAUUUGGGAGGGUACCAGUGACUGUUCUGUUUAAGUCAGUUGUCAGAUCACAACUGUUGACAUAAGAUUCUAUCAAGGUUUGAGAAGACAUGUAUAAGGCUGUGUACUGCCUUUUAAAUAUUAAUGUUGUAAUGACAUGCUUUUAGUCGUUCUUUGUAAACUGUCAGCACUUCCUUAGUGCACACUCUUAAAGGAGUAGUUCACUUUUAAAAAAAAAACUUGCUGAUAAUUUACUCACCCCCAUGUCAUCCAAGAUG